CAUUACUGGAUGGAUGGAUGGAUAGACAUAUAAGAAUGGCUGAGUCCGUAGCGUAAGAGAGAGAGCUUAAAACCCUUUCGCUGCGCCUCAUCCAAUCCUAAAACCUUAUCUCUAAAUUCAUUCCAAUGGAUUCUUCUUCUUCUUCCGACCCUUCUCUUCCCCAAACCUCUGUUCUCCUCUCUGACCAAUCGCCCUCUCUCCCUCCCGCUUCCGACUCUGAGAACCACCAUGGCUUCGUAAGCGCUGAAGAUGGCGCUUUGGAGGCCCAACCCUCCCGCCCCCUUCUCGUCAACUCUUCUGAGCCCGUCCUCGAUUCUCCUCCCGACGAUGCCCACAGGCCCGUUGCGAAGGUGUCCGGGGACGAUGAUGAAGACGGUUCCGUUGUUGAGGGCGCGGACGACGUCGUUGAGGUUGCGAACGAUGUCGUUUUGGAGGAAGGCGGCGAGAAAGAGGAAUCGGGGCAGGCAAUGAAGGAGGGGGAUUUUAGCGAUAGUAACGAGGUCUUUGUGGAGGCUUCUGGCGGUGAUGAUGAUAUUAAAGAGAUUCAGAGUGGUGUUGUUGCCGUGGAGAAUGGAGUCGAACUGAGUGGUACUGAUAAAGGGUUUGAGGCUGCUGCUGUUGAAUUGAAUGAGGAAGAGGCGAAAGAGAAGGAGGUGGAGGAGAAAGUUAACGACGGUGGGACCGACAAUUCGGAUUCUGUGGUGGAUGAGAAGAGUGAGGGUGUUGAUGUUGAAAAGGACGAUGGUGGUGGUGUAGAUGCUGUUGUUGAUAGCGUCGAGGUUAAUGUGUUGGGGUCUGGGGUUGCUGUUGUUGGGGAUGAGCUGGGGGUUGAUGAGUCUGAGAUUAAAGGGCUAGAAGAGCCGGAGAGUCGUGGGGUGAGUCUGGAUAAUGGUUUUGAGCCCAUUGAGAAGGGUGAGGAGGAGGUUGUUGAUAAGCUUGUUGAUGGGGGUGAUGGUCAAUCGGGUGCUGAAGGUGUUGUCGUUGGUGGGGAUGAUGUGUCUGGUGAGAAUGGAGAUGAUGGAGAUGGGUUGAAGAGUGACAUUGUUGUUCCUCCCGAGGAAGGUGGUGGAGGUUCGGAGUUUGUUGAGAAAGAUGAGGUAAAGAUGGAGGGUGAUGUUGUUGAGGGAGAAAAUGGGAGCCGUGUGGAGGAGGAGGUUGGUCAUCAUGGUGACAGGGAGAUUGAUGAUUCGGAAUUGGAUGGGAAAAUUGGGAGCCAUGUGGAGGAGGUGGAGGAGAUUGGUGCCAAUGGUGACAGGGAGAUUAAUGGUUCGGUGUCGGAUGAGAAGGGUGAUGGAGUGGUGUUUGGAAGCACGGAUGCUGCCAAUAAGUUCCUGGAGGAUUUGGAAUUACAGCAAUCACGUGCCAGCGGGAGUUCCCGGGAUGAUGGCCAGAUUGUUAGCGAUUCGGAUGAAGAAGAGGAGACUGAUGAUGAAGGAGAUGGCAAGGAGCUGUUUGAUACUGCUACAUUGGCGGCUCUUUUGAAAGCGGCGUCUGGUGCGGACCAGGAUGGCGGCAGUAUCACAAUAACCUCUCAAGAUGGGUCCAGGCUUUUCUCUGUUGAGCGCCCUGCUGGUUUGGGAUCAUCGCUCUCCUCAGGUAAACCUGCCAUGAGGCAAACUCGUCCGAGUCUUUUUACUCCUUCCAUUAGUAGAGCUAGUGCCAUUUCUGAUAGCAAUUUGAGCGAAGAGGAGAAAAAGAAACUGGAGAAAUUGCAUGAAAUUAGGGUCAAAUACUUGAGACUGGUUCAUAGGCUGGGUUUUACUACCGAAGAAUCAAUAGCAGCUCAGGUACUGUACCGGAUGACACAUGUUGCGGGGAGGCAAAGUGGUCAAAUGUUUAGCGUAGAGUCUGCAAAGGAGACUGCUUCCCAGCUUGAAGCUGAGGCAAGAGAUAAUUUUGAUUUUUCUGUAAAUAUUCUGGUUCUUGGGAAAGCAGGUGUGGGCAAGAGUGCUACGAUCAAUUCAAUUUUUGGUGAGACGAAGACCAGCAUUAAUGCUUGUGGUCCUGCUACUACUGCUGUGACAGAAAUUGUUGGGGUGGUUGAUGGAGUGAAGAUAAGGAUUUUUGACACACCAGGCCUCAAGUCCUCUGCAUUUGAACAAAAUUUCAAUACAAAAGUCCUGUCCGCGGUGAAGAAAUUGACUAAAAAAUCUCCCCCUGAUAUUGUGCUGUACGUGGAUCGCCUGGACCUGCAAACUAGAGAUAUGAAUGAUCUGCCAAUGUUAAGAUCAAUUACCAGUGUCCUGGGUUCAUCAAUAUGGCGAAAUGUCAUAGUCACUCUGACCCAUGCUGCCUCUGCUCCUCCAGACGGGCCAUCAGGUGCCCCAUUGAGUUAUGAUGUAUUUGUUGCUCAAAGAUCUCACAUAGUUCAACAAACCAUUGGACAAGCUGUUGGGGACCUACGUCUUAUGAAUCCGAGCUUAAUGAAUCCAGUUUCUCUUGUUGAAAAUCAUCCUUCUUGUCGGAAAAAUAGAGAUGGCCAGAAGGUGCUUCCUAAUGGUCAAAGUUGGAGGCCUCUCUUGUUGCUCUUAUGCUACUCAAUGAAGAUUCUUUCUGAAGCCAGUAACGUUUCAAAAACUCAAGAAUCACCAUUUGACCAGCGCAGGCUGUUUGGUUUUCGUCCUCGCUCCCCACCACUUCCAUACUUGUUGUCUUGGUUAUUGCAGACACGUACCUACCCAAAACUCCCUGCUGAUCAGGGUGGGGCUGACAAUGGUGAUUCUGAUAUUGAAAUGGCUGAUUUAUCUGAUUCUGAUCUAGAUGAAGAUGAGGAUGAGUAUGACCAGCUCCCACCAUUUAAGCCUAUGAAGAAAUCUCAGGUUGCUAAGCUUACUAAAGAGCAGCAGAAAGCAUAUUUUGAGGAGUACGAUUAUCGGGUGAAACUUCUACAGAAAAAGCAAUGGAGAGAGGAGUUGAGAAGGAUGAGAGAGAUGAAGAAAAAAGGUAACACUAAAGAAAAUGACUAUGGUUACACGGAAGAAGAUGAUCAAGAGAAUGGAAGUCCAGCAGCAGUGCCAGUUCCAUUGCCUGAUAUGGCCCUGCCACCAUCCUUUGACAGUGACAAUCCAGCCUAUAGAUACCGUUUCUUAGAGCCAACUUCUCAGCUCCUGACAAGGCCAGUCUUAGACAGCCAUGGGUGGGAUCAUGAUUGUGGUUAUGAUGGUGUAAACAUUGAACAGAGUCUAGCCAUCAUCAAUAAAUUCCCAGCAGCUGUUACUGUUCAGGUAACAAAGGAUAAGAAAGACUUCAGCAUGCACUUGGAUUCCUCAGUUGCUGCAAAACUUGGAGAGAACGGAUCAGCCAUGGCAGGCUUUGACAUUCAAAACAUUGGAAAGCAGCUAGCUUACAUUGUUAGAGGAGAGACCAAAUUAAAAAAUUUCAAAAGAAAUAAAACUUCUGCUGGUGUGUCUGUGACAUUUUUUGGUGAAAAUGUGUCUACUGGGCUGAAAGUUGAGGAUCAGAUUGCUGUCGGGAAACGCGUGGUAUUAGUAGGUAGCACAGGGGUUGUGAAGUCUCAAACUGAUUCUGCUUAUGGUGCCAAUGUUGAAGUGCGGCUUAGAGAGGCAGAUUUUCCAAUUGGCCAGGACCAGUCUUCACUGAGCCUUUCUCUUGUGAAGUGGAGAGGAGACCUGGCUUUGGGGGCUAAUCUUCAGUCCCAAUUUUCUGUUGGACGAGGUUAUAAGGUGGCUGUUCGCGCUGGAUUGAACAACAAGCUCAGUGGACAGAUCUCUGUGAGAACAAGUAGCUCAGACCAGCUUCAGAUUGCCCUUAUUGCUAUUCUUCCGAUUGCCAAGGCUAUCUACAAAAACUUCUGGCCUGGGGCUAGUGAGAAUUAUUCUAUCUACUAGAUUGUGUCUUUUUGUUUGCGUUGCCAGCAAGGAAAAGUAGACUACGAGUUUAUCAUAUCAUGUUGCUUCUUUUCGUUACUGUCUUAUUAUAAUGAGUUUUUUUUUCUUAGUUUCGUCUAGACUAUUGAAUUCCUGCUAUAUUAGUGCUUUUAUGUGCCUGAAAAUUGUACUGCAAUUGAGAUGGAACCUACAAGAAAUUGAUUCAUAAAUUUUGUUAGCAUCUAUUUGAAUAAUGUUGAUGUCAGAUUAUGCUGUUA